AUGGAAUCGACAGUGCUGAACCUGCUCAACCAUUUCCAGAAUCUUUGUGCAUGCUCCAAUAUUCUCAAUGUGGGCCUCGAACCACAGUUCAUCCAAAUGGCUCUGAACUUCGAGGACUGCAGGAGGAAGUGGCUGCAGUGGGAGGAGGAACUGGGAGCCUGCAAGGAGGUGCUGACCAAAACAGAGACUGAGAGGGGGGCUCUGGAGAUAAAGCUGAAGCACGCCCGCAACCAGGUGGACGUGGAGAUCAGACGGCGCCAGCGGGCAGAGGCAGAAUACGAGAAACUGGAGCGUCAGAUCCAGCUGAUCCGGGAUAUGCUGGUGGCGGAGAGCUCCAGCAGCAGCCUCCACCUGAGUGAGGAGCAGCGCUCUGCCCUGGCCUUCCUCAACGCCCACUCCCAGGCUGCCAAGAACAACCCCAACCUCAACACCAGCCACAGGUUAACCACCAUAGAUGAAUCUGCUUCCUUGUUGUCAGACAUUAGCUAUGACAAAACAGAUGAUUCUCUGGAUUGGGACUCUUCUGUGAUGAGGACAGUGCGACUGAGAAAACUGCAGAAAAGGCGUUCCUCCAGAACCCUUGCUGAGCCUCCCCAGCAGGUGGUGAAGAAACCCCGCUCCACUGGCCGCACUUCCGAGAGGGUGAACGAGUCCAUAGUGACCAAGACCACCAUCACAGUGCCCGUCAACGGAGGUCCGGUAGAGGCCGUGUCCACCAUGGAGACAGUGCCUGGCUACUGGAUAGGCAGCAGGAAGAGGACCGCUGCUCAGGGCUGGGACACUACUUCUAUUGACCAAUCAGAGACAGCUAACGAGGCUCUCAGCACUCCAUGCAGUAAGGCUCCGCCCCCAACCAAAACACCCAGAGCCAAAGUGGGGGCCCGAAAGCACGAGUUCCUUGCCAAAACGCCUCUGUCUGUCCCGUCCCCUCUCCUCACACAGGUGAUCAGGUCAGAGUUCUGCGUGCCGUGUGGAAGGAAGACCAAGUUUGGGAAGCUCUACCUGAGGUGCCAGGACUGCAGGCUGCUGGCUCACCCAGAGUGCCGCGACCGCUGCACCCUGCCAUGUAACCCUAUCUCUACAGGCAGCACCCCCAUCAGGACCAGAGAGCCAAGCACCCUUGCAGACUACGCUCCCUCCUCCUCUCCCAUGAUCCCUGCCCUGGUGGUCCACUGUGUCAAGGAGAUUGAGCACAGGGGUUUACACGAGAUGGGUCUGUACCGUGUGUCGGGCGAGGGGCGCACAGUGAAGGAGCUGAGGAAGAGCUUCCUGCGGGGGAGGACAGUGCCUGCCCUGGCCAAGGUGGAGGACAUCCACUGUGUCACGGGCCUCCUCAAGGACUUCCUGAGAAACCUCCCGGAGCCCCUCCUCACCUUCCGCCUCAACCGCGACUUCAUGGAGGCUGCAGAAAUCCCGGACAAUGGCAAUAGCCUGUCAAUGAUCUACCAGACCAUCAGUGAGCUGCCCCAUCCUAACAGAGACACUCUGGCCUAUCUGUCCAUCCACCUGCAGAGGGUGGCCCAGUGUGUACUAGACACCAAGAUGGACAUCACCAAUCUGGCAAGAGUGUUUGGACCCACCCUGGUGGGUCAUGCCGUCCCAGACCCAGACCCCAUGACCAUCCUGCACGACACCAACAGACAACCACGGGUGAUGGAGUGCUUGUUGGACCUUCCUUAUGAGUACUGGAGCCAGUUCACAGUGGAGCAGCACACCCAUCCAGACGAUGUGGUCAAAGACGAUGCUAACUGCUACAACACUCCAGACCACAAAGUGAGCAUGCUGGGACCAGUGACCACUCCAGAACAUCAGAUGACUAAAACACCCUCCUCCAGCUCCCUGUCCCAGCGCAUGAAACAGACUUUCUCCAGCACCACCAUAUUUGGAAGCAAGAGCAAGGCAUCCACUAGCUCAAGUCGCCAAGAAGGCUUCUUUGCCUCCCCUCAGCUGAAGUAAUGGUCAAACCACGGUAUUAUGGUGAAAAAGUAACAUUAUUUUAAACUCUUUUUCUAAAGGUUAUGUGGUCAAGGAACAAAACUGUUCAUUUUUACAUAGCCACUGUACAUGGGAAACCACUGCAAUGUCACAAUGUUUUUUAAACUAUUUUAUAUCUGUCCUAAACUGGGACAUGCUUAACACCAUGGCCAUCCUACAAUCUAAGCUUGU